UGUUCAGCAAACAAAUAAUUGCGACUUCCCUCCACGCAAACCAAACUCGAUCUCAGCUUUUCUCUUUUUUUUUUUCUACUUUUCCAGUCACAUUCUGGGAAUUGUUGAAAAGCGUUCUCAACUCACUCAACGACGACCUUUUUUUCUCUUUUUCUCCUAACGAUACCCAUUUCCCUUUUUCAGCACAUCUCACACAUUCACAAUGGCUCCCGCCGUCGGUAUCGAUCUUGGUACGACGUACUCUUGCGUCGGUGUCUUCCGUGAGGACCGCUGCGAAAUCAUUGCCAAUGACCAGGGUAACCGCACUACCCCCUCGUUCGUCGCUUUCACCGACACCGAGCGUCUCGUCGGUGAUGCCGCCAAGAACCAGGUCGCCAUGAACCCGGCCAACACCGUCUUCGAUGCCAAGCGUCUCAUUGGUCGCAAGUUCUCCGACCCCGAGGUCCAGGCCGAUAUGAAGCACUUCCCCUUCAAGGUCAUCGACCGUGGUGGCAAGCCCGUCAUCCAGGUCGAGUUCAAGGGCGAGACCAAAGUCUUCACCCCCGAGGAGAUCUCCGCCAUGAUCCUCCAGAAGAUGAAGGAGACCGCUGAGGCCUACCUCGGCGGCACCGUUAACAACGCCGUCAUCACCGUUCCCGCCUACUUCAACGACUCUCAGCGUCAGGCUACCAAGGAUGCUGGUCUCAUUGCUGGCCUCAACGUCCUCCGUAUCAUCAACGAGCCCACCGCUGCCGCCAUUGCCUACGGUCUCGAUAAGAAGGUUGAGGGUGAGCGCAACGUCCUCAUCUUCGAUCUCGGUGGUGGUACCUUCGAUGUCUCUCUCCUUACCAUCGAGGAGGGUAUCUUUGAGGUCAAGUCUACUGCCGGUGACACUCACUUGGGUGGUGAGGAUUUCGACAACCGUCUCGUCAACCACUUUGUUCAGGAGUUCAAGCGCAAGCACAAGAAGGACCUCUCCACCAACGCUCGUGCUCUCCGCCGUCUCCGCACUGCUUGCGAGCGUGCCAAGCGUACUCUCUCUUCUUCUGCCCAGACCUCCAUUGAGAUCGACUCUCUCUUCGAGGGUAUCGACUUCUACACUUCGAUCACCCGUGCCCGCUUCGAAGAGCUGUGCCAGGAUCUUUUCCGCUCUACUCUUCAGCCUGUUGACCGCGUCCUCACUGAUGCCAAGAUCGACAAGUCUCAGGUUCAUGAGAUCGUUCUGGUUGGUGGCUCGACUCGCAUUCCUCGCAUCCAGAAGUUGAUCUCCGACUACUUUGGAGGGAAGGAACCAAACAAAAGCAUCAACCCUGACGAGGCCGUUGCCUACGGUGCUGCCGUUCAGGCCGCUAUUCUUUCCGGUGACACUUCUUCCAAGUCCACCUCCGAGAUUCUUCUUCUCGACGUUGCCCCUCUUUCCCUCGGUAUCGAGACUGCUGGUGGCAUGAUGACCAAGCUCAUCCCCCGCAACACCACCAUUCCUACCAAGAAGUCCGAGGUCUUCUCCACCUUCUCCGACAACCAGCCCGGUGUUCUUAUCCAGGUCUACGAGGGUGAGCGUCAGCGCACCAAGGACAACAACCUUCUCGGCAAGUUCGAGCUUACCGGCAUUCCCCCCGCUCCCCGCGGUGUUCCCCAGAUCGAGGUUACCUUCGAUGUUGAUGCCAACGGUAUCAUGAACGUCUCUGCCCUCGAGAAGGGCACCGGCAAGACCAACCAGAUCACCAUUACCAACGACAAGGGCCGCUUGUCCAAGGAGGAGAUCGAGCGCAUGCUUGCUGAGGCCGAGAAGUUCAAGGAGGAGGAUGAGGCUGAGGCCAAGCGUGUCGCUGCCAAGAACGGCCUCGAGUCGUACGCCUACUCUCUCCGCAACACCCUCAGCGACUCCAAGGUCGACGAGAAGCUUGACGCUGCCGACAAGGAGAAGCUCAAGUCCGAGAUCGACAAGAUUGUCGCCUGGCUCGAUGAGAACCAGCAGGCUACUCGUGAGGAGUACGAGGACCGCCAGAAGGAGCUCGAGGCUAUUGCCAACCCCAUCAUGAUGAAGUUCUACGGUGCUGGCGGUGCUCCCGGUGGCAUGCCCGGUGCUGCCCCCGGUGGCUUCCCCGGCGGCGCCCCUGGCUCCAACGACAACGAGGGCCCCACCGUCGAGGAGGUCGACUAAAUGCAUUCGUCCACGAUCUGAAGUAAUGCAUCCUCAUCGACCUUUUCCUUUUAUCUCUUAUUUCCCAUUUUUAUUUCACACUACGCGCAGUAGAUUGGCACGAUCGAUCGCACAUGGUGUGGUCUUAGGUACUUACGCGGAGUUAAACGGGUAUGGGUUUUAAGUCACAAGGCCUAGAUCUGCUUUGCUUUUGCAGUCUCAGUCCGUCUCAUAAAGAGAACAAAAGAGGGAAAAAGUGUUAUGAAUGGAGAAGGAGGAGGGCAAAAACGAAACAUUUGCAUGGCUUUGUAUUUAAUCACGAUUCCCAUGGUUAUCACUUUUCCUUUUGAUGAAGACAAUUCAUUCAUGAUUGUUC